AUGUCCCCUCCAUUCAGAUUUAACAUGCCAAUUGUUCUCUCCCCUGACGCAGCAGAUCAUCUGCUACAGAUAUUGGGAGACAGUGGACAGCUCCCACCCACUUUGCAUGACUUGUAUCAAUAUUUGACUGAUCAAGCUCAUAUUCAAUGCUCGUUGUCCGAUACUCAUUCCCCCUCAUGCACACCUAUUGAUCAUUGCAACUCAAUUCCCAUUCCUCCUGUUAUGCAUCUGCCGCUUGAUUCAUCAUCCUCAACAACUGCUGGCGACAUUCUGUCCGAGUUACCUGCUGUUCGUCACCGAACACAAUCACACACCGAGGACUCUGGUUAUUCUGAUUCAUCCCACCCUACUAAACAAGCUCGUCUUUCUACAACACACGCACGCAAUGGACCGCCAGGCGAGUCACCUGAGCCUGGUGGAAAUGACAAUCGUAAUUGUGGUGCUUAUCAUGAUUGUAAUCGUGGUGCUAGGAGGUUGCGGUUACGAUUGCGGCGUGCUGCUGCACCUGGUCAGGACCCUCUGCGCCUUGAUGAUGGGGAGGAGGAGGAGGAGGAGGAGGAGGCAGCGGAGGAAAUGGAGGAUGAGGCAGAGAUGGAGGAAGGUGAUGUAGGCAAUGUGGCGAGAGCAAAUACCAGGCAAGGUUCAUGGCGUCACCGUCACUACAAUGACCCCAAGAUCACAUGUAGCGAUGAAGCUGCUACGAUCAUUGCAGAACUUGCAUCCGCUCACUGCAACUCAACCAUCCACAGUCCCCUGAGCUGGCUGCAGGAUAUCACCAAUCAUGUACAGACUCCAUGCAUGGAGGACGAGUCACUGAUUUCGGUUGUAGUCCGAUGUUGA